AUGGCGAGCUCAUCCUCUUCGGCAAGCGGGCAGCCUAAAAUUAUUGAAGUGAUAGUUGAAGCUGGGAAAAAGGCUUUUGAUCCUAAUAUUGAUGCCGCCACUCGAGCUUCAGGUGUUGAGGAGUACAACAAACUUAUUGAAAGUACCGAAACAUGGACUCUUCUGCCAGCUCUAAAUGCCCUCAUUAAACCCUCUAUUCUCCCACCAUGGCUGCGAAAUCCGAUACUCCAAACCUUGACUCUCAUCCCGCUUCGUCCGGAUGGUGUCCGCGGAACCAUGGAGUUUGUCUUUUCGGUGCACCCUAGCAAUGUUGGGAAGACCCCAGAGGCCGACGCUGCACCGCAAAAGCAGGGGGCCAGCAUCACCCACGAGGCUGUCGCUGUUGCUACCCGGCUGUUGUCGUCGGUUCCGGCGAGCAUGACCGCAGAUGCAUGGUUCUUGGGUAUUUCUGGGCAGCUCUUCAGCCUUAUAGAUGGACAAGCUGGCCCAGAUAUGGCGAGGACUGCCGCCCAAAUUGUUGGGUAUGGGAUCCUCGGGAAGAAGCAAUAUGGAGCGCCUGGAUCUCCUGGAUGGAACGCAUUCGUUCAACCACUCGUGCAAGACUUGAAUCCGUCACUGAGAACGGAGUCGAGCCUUGAUUCAACCAUCAUCAAACAGGAGGAAGACAUCGUCGACCUCAGCCAGGACCGUGUUCUUGUCGCCUCCCAGUCACUCAAGACAUCCCUCCAGCGACUCAACACUCUCGUGUUGUCCAACCCAUCUCCUGGUCUAUGUAGGCGUCUUCUUAGACCGGUACUGGUCCAAAUUUGGGUACUUGGGUCAUGGCCCAAUCCCUUACCUGUCACCGAGAACGAUUUUGUCAAGCCUGCUAGGACAUUGUUGCAGGCUUACUUGCGGCUCUUUGGUACCGCCGACAGUGUCAAGCCCUUUCUCAAAAAUCUCCUCUGCAGGGGCUCCUCGGGUGACAUGGAAAAGCCUUGGGAGUAUCGUUUGAGAGGAAAGGGAGAAGUCGAGGCGGUGGAGCCGCGUGGCUUCGACUUCAAAUCGCGUAUUGAGCUAAACUGGACCGAGCUCGAAGACAAAUCAGUUACCUUGGUUGAUUCCAUCGUAACUUCUUGCUCCGCAGCAGAAGUCUCAUCCAUCUUUCUCAGCCUGUUGCGACGAUGGAUCGAGACGGCAGGGAAGCAAAACGACGAGAUUAAAAUCGACAUCCACCCUGAAGGUGAGGCGCCGGAGUCUCCUGUUCAGGACCUUGUUGAAGUCACUGUACUCCAAAAACUCAUGGACAAAGCACCUGAGAAGCUCGUCAGCCAUUUCGACCAGCUACUAGAGCUUAUCUGUCAGGUUCUCACCGCAGAUGGCCAAUCACGAUUAGCAGAUGAUCUCUUAGCGGUGGUACUCAGUCUCCUGAAUCUGGUUAUCACGGCACCAACGUUCCAGAAAUCUCAUAUCAAACCGGAGGAGCUCAAGAUUGUCGAAACUACCCUGGACAGGUUGUCUCGAGAAGACAGGGCACAAGUGUCACCCACUGCAAGAAACUUGGCUUUGCUACUCAAGUAUCGAGACGAUGUGGAAGAAUUGGACGAGCCUACCUCAGCACCGAGCGCCCGCCAAAUUGAAGACCGCAGGACUUACAGCUUGGCGAUGAAUUACAUCACAGGAGGUAGCGAUAACCCGCCGCCGGUUGUGUCAGAGGGUCUCAAUCUACUCUCUGGUCUGAUACUGGCAGAUAGUCCCAUUCUGGACAUUCCCGCCGUUUCCGUGCUACUGUCCAAUCUCCUUGAGAACAACGAAGACUAUAUCAACUUGCGGGUCAUCAAAGUAUACACCCAGCUUGCAAACAAGCACCCAAAGUCGGCGGUCCAGGAGCUUCUGGAUCACUACCUGGAUGCUCAGGAAAAGACAUCGACGGAUGUUCGUCUACGGUUUGGCGAGGCACUACUUCAAGUGAUCCAGCGACUUGGUGAGACUUUUGCAGGAGAUGUGGCCCAGCAAGUUUGCGAAACACUACUCUCCAUUGCAGGGCGUCGUGGAUACCGGCCAAAGACAAUGGCUAAGCAGACUCGCGAUGAGAAGAAGAAAAUGAUGAAAAAGAAGAAAGAUGAGGAUGAGGACGACGACAUGGAUGUGGAUGAAGAUCUAACCGAAGAAGAAAGGGCCAAUAAUGACAUCUUGGCGCAAAUCCUCCAAGGGUGGGAAAGCAAGAGGGGUAGCGAAGAUGUUCGAGUACGAACUUCAGCGCUGUCCAUCUUUGGUGCCGCUCUCGAGACGAAUAUCGGUGGCAUAGGGCCGACUUUGGUUUCUGCAAGUGUUGACCUAUGUGUCAACAUUCUCGCAAUGGAGCGUGAGCUGGAGACGGCUAUCCUACGAAGGGCAGCUAUCUUGAAUGUGCUGAGCUUUGUGAGAGCUCUGGACGCUGCCAAGGUGUCUGGGCGAAAACUUGGGUUUGGCCUCACCAGCGAGAGUCGAGAGGAUAUCCUGAGGACUCUGCAAUAUGUGGCGGCCACAGACGGGGAUGGGCUGGUGAAGCAACAUGCCAACGAUGUGAUCGAGAGCUUGGAAAACUGGCAGAUGGCAAGCAUGCUGCCAACGCAAAGUCAGCCAAGCGGCCCGGCGCUUACAAACUUGGCGGGCCUCCACGUCAACCCAAGCGGGACGUUGGUAGACGCAUCUGGGCGGCCUCGGCCUAGGAUCGAGGAGGUCGAAUGA